AUGGCAGUUUCUCCAGCUUUGUUGUACAACGGGCGGGUUUUCCAGAGCAGCGGCACAGAUGCGAAGACGCACUCUUUCGCGGAGUGCAUCCUGACCGAUGCCGAGGGUAAAAUCGUCCACGUCGGGUUCGUGAGCGACCCGAAAGUUGUUGCAGCCGAGGCAGCCAGGGUGACUCGGCAUGAUAUGAAAGGACGCAUUGUUCUUCCGAGCUUCGUCGAUGGUCAUAUGCACUUGUUGCGGCUGGGCCAGUCUCUCCUCAAUGUCCCGCUGGAAAACUGCAAGAACUUGGAUGAUAUCCGGGCUGCAAUCAAGGAGUAUGCUGUUGCGAACCCAUCCCUCUCUAGAAUUACCUGCAAGAACUGGAUGUUUUCGAUGACGGAUGGCAAGGCAACCGCUAGCAUGCUCGACGACUUGGAUCCGCGGCCCAUCUUCAUUGACGAGAAGAGUCUCCAUUCGACCUGGUGCAACACGGCCGCAUUGGAAGAAAUGGGUGUGCAGGACAUGGAGGACCCAGAAGGCGGAAAGAUAUACCGUGACGAGAAUGGGAAGGUAACGGGGUUGAUGACAGAGACGGUGAUUAUGCGGAUCGUGUGGCCGCAUCUUGCAAAGGCGGCAUCGAUGGAGGAGAAGGUCGAGGCUAUGAAAGGAGCAGUCGAUGCUUACAGUGCAGUGGGGUACACCGGGGCCGUCGAAAUGGCCAUGGAUGAGAAUGGACUUGAGGCGCUGCGACAUUUGCGACAGACUCACAAGGUUCCAGUCCGAUUCGCAGCUCAUUGGGUCAUCACUCCACGAAAGACGGAAGCAGAAAACCUGGCGCAAGUUGACCGAGCCAUCGAGCUGUGGAAGGAGUUGAAUGCGGAAACAAGCCCAGACUUCCGCAUUGCGGGCAUCAAAGUCGUCUGCGAUGGCAUCAUAGAUGGGUGCACAGCAGCGCUCACCGAGCCGUACUCGACGAAUGGGGCCAACGUUGAGUCCUUAUGGUCCUUGGAAGAACUGGCACCAGUCAUCAAAAAAGCAGACGGGGCGGGUAUGCAAAUCGCCUUGCAUGCCAUUGGGGAUGCUGCCAUCAAGAUUGCGAUAGACGCACUGGAGAAGCAUGCGACGCCUGGUCGCAGGCACCGAAUAGAGCAUCUAGAGCUGGCCAUGCCAGAAGAUGCCGCCCGCCUUGGAAAGCUGGGAAUUACUGCCUCUAUCCAAGCCGUUCAUGCUGACCCUGCCAUACUGAGAGCUUGGCCAAAACUGCUUGGCGAGCACCGUUGCAAGCGUGCCUUUGCAUACAAGGACUUUGCGGAUGGCGGAGCCGUGCUAGCCCUUGGGUCAGAUGCGCCGACUGCUCCCAUCGAGCCGCUGAAGAAUAUUUACACAGCAACAACUCGUCGUUCAGCCAGAGAGCCCGAUUACAAAGAAACGGUCAAUCCCGAAUUUGCACUCGAGCUGGCUGCCGCCGUUUCGGCUGCCACAGCAGGAUCGGCGUAUAGUUGCUUUGCAGACAAAUGGACUGGUAAGCUGGAACCUGGAUUGUCGGCUGACUUUGCUGUUGUCGAGAUGGAUUGGGAUGCCGACAAAUUGCUGGAAUCAAAUAUUGUCGAGACCUGGUUCAAGGGCGAGAAGGUUUAUGAUGCCCAGGCAGCUUGA